AUGCAGAUUCUUGAAAAUGAAAUCCCAAGAUUAUCGAAGGAAUCAACGUUUAGUGAUUCAGAAGUUCGUGCCACUACAGAUCGGAUUAAACACUUCAGAGAAAAUUUUGAAAAUGUUCAAAAAGUUGAACCUCAAACUUUUGGAAACGCCGAUAUUUCAUUAAAAGAUCUAGAAGGGUUUUUGAAAGAUGCUAAAAAGAAACAAAUUUCUAGAGAUGAAGAACACUUUAGAGAAGAAAGAGCUUAUGAGAUUGCCAAGCUGAUGAACAACAAGAAUGCUAGAACUUUGGAUAAAAAGAAUUUUUUCACUCCUGUUGAUACUUCGUUAACUAAUAAAGUCUCUUCAACAUUCAGAUUCAAGCCUGAUGAAAAGCCUCCGGCAUCAUCUUCCAAGAGUGAUGAAUUGUUUUUCCCAAGUAUUAGAUCUCAAAAGGGGUUGACACAUGAAUUUAUGGUGUUAACAAAGAGUAAAAAGAUUGUGACAGAGGAAAAUCCACUUGGUGAUGAUUAUCAUCCUCGUGAUCUUUUCACAAUAUUCAAAACACUUGGAAAUCCAGAGAAGUAUUUGAAACAAAUUAAUAAACUUGAAAAGAAUGGUGGUUGGAAAUUAAUUGGUUCAGGUGGUGAUGCUAUCAACAAGAUUCUAGUAUUUGAAAGAUUCAUAUACGUAAAAGACGUAUUAGAAGAUUUGCCUUGUCAUUCACUACAGUGUUUGUGCUACUUUAUGGAUUUGGUUCUUAUUUUGAACAUCAACAAAAAGCACAGUAUAAGAUCGAUGAAUCUGGAAAAGUUGUCAAGAGUUCCUGAAUAUCUCCUACGGUUUGAAUAUGCUAUAUGA